AAUCCUCUCAGUAGCUUGCACAACGAAAGAUGUGCGGAGGUGCGAUCAUUACCGAUUUCAUUGCCGUCAAGCGCGGCCGUAAGUUGACGGUGUCGGACCUCUGGGCCGACCUCGACACUAUCUCCGACCUCCUAGGUUUGGGCGGCUCCGGUGCAAACGACUCCUCCUCUCAGAAGGUCGAGAACAAGGCCGUUCCAAAACCAAAGCAACUCAACCGAGCAUCAAGAGGAGAAAAGAACCAGAAAUCCACGGAAAAAGAGGCGAAGACUCAGCGGGUUCGGAAGAAUGUGUACAGAGGAAUCCGGCAGAGGCCGUGGGGAAAGUGGGCGGCGGAAAUCAGGGACCCACAUAAAGGUGUCCGAGUCUGGUUGGGCACCUACAACACCGCCGAGGAAGCAGCUCGAGCCUACGACGUCGCCGCCAAGCGUAUCCGCGGUGACAAGGCCAAGCUUAACUUCCCUCCUCCUCCUUCUCCGUCCCAACCGCCUACUAAGAAGCAGUGCAUCUCUACCGACUUCACCCAGACUAGUUUCGAAACCACCGGACCACCAACACCACCGCCUCCUCUGACCCCACAACAACAGCCACCUCUUCCGACCCCACCACAACAGCUUUUAAUGGGGUUCGAGUAUGGAAACGACGUGGAGAAUGAAAUAGAACUGAAAGAACAAAUUUCGAACCUGGAAUCGUUUCUGGAAUUGGAGCCGGAGACUGAGACGGAGGUGAGUGGAGGCGUUGAGGUUGGCCCGGUGGAUCUUUGGAUGCUGGAUGACCUGGUUACCCAUCACCGGCUGCAACGUCAGCUUGUUUAUUAGGGUGAAAAGAAUAAUUAAGCGGCUAUAAUUAAAUAGUUAAUGAUGUUUAGCAAUUUUAUAUUAAGGGUGGUUGUCUCUGUACUCAAUCUCCAUCUUUCUUUGCAUGCUUAUAUUUUGCUGUUAUGUUACUUUAUGAGUAAUAAUGUUUAAUAAUAAUGUUUGUAUGGUACAUAUAAUGAUGUGAGCAAUGCAUCAUUUAUCUUGGAUUAUGCCCGUGAAGUCAGUGACUUAUGGGGAUUGAUUUG